AUGACCGUCACCGAAAAGAAGCCGCACAACGGGCACAAUGCCACGCUGUAUGAUGACAACCACAGCAGCAGCGGCGGUAGCGAGAGCGCGCAUGACGUCUUUGGCUCCGAGGAGCACCAUGACAUCAAGUACAAGCGGCUGUCGUGGCAGCUCGUCGCCAUCCUCAUGAUUGCCGAGAUUGUGUCCAAUGGCAUGCUCUCGCUGCCGUCGGCCUUUGCCGUCGUCGGCAUGGUGCCCGGCAUCAUCAUCAUCAUCUUCCUCGGCGUCUUUGCGACCUACACCUCGUGGCUGCUGGUCCAGUUCAAGCUGCGCCACCCCGAGGUGCACACCAUGGCCGACGCCGGCUACAUCAUGUUUGGGCCCGUCGGCCGCGAGAUCAUGGCCUUUGGCACCUUUGCCUUUGCCAUCUUUGCGACCGGCAGCCAGCUGCUCGCGGGUCAGAUUGCGCUCGCGACGCUCAGCGACAGCAAGCUGUGCAACCUCAUCUACACGGCCAUCUUCACCAUUGCCUCGCUGGUCGUCUCCCUGCCGCGCACUUUCCACGGCCUCGGAUACGUUUCCAUCCUGAGCGUUCUCAGCAUUCUCAUCGCUGGUCUGGUGGCCAUGGUUGCUGCUGGAAAGGAGCCUGUCGUUGGUCGCUCCGUCGAGGCGGCUGUCACGUCCAACUUCUACUCUGCCUUUGCGUCCAUCACAAACCCCGUAUUCUCCUUUGCUGGCCACUUCAUGUUCUUUGUUCUCAUCUCGGAGAUGAAAGAGCCCAAGUACGCGAUGCGCUCGGCUUACUGCCUGCAGACCUUUACAACCAUCUACUACGUCAUCUUCGCGGCCGUUACAUACGGAUACCUCGGAAGCGCAGUCUUGUCGCCGUCAUUUUCCUCGCUGUCGCCGUACUGGGCCAAGGUCUCGUAUGGUAUCGCCAUCCCGAACCUGCUGCUCGCCGCUGCCCUUUAUGCGCACACGGCCGCCAAGGUCAUCUUUGUGCGCAUCUUCCGCAAGUCCAACCAUCUGCACAGCCAUACUAUUCUUGGAUGGGGCACCUGGGUUGUCCUCAUUAUUUUGUGCAACGCGCUGGCUUUCCUCCUUGCCACUGGCGUGCCCAUCUUCAACUACCUAGUCGGUCUCGCUGCUUCGCUGUUUGCCGCUUGGUUCACCUAUGGCGUUGCCGGCAUGUUUUGGCUUCACGAUUCGUACCACGACGGCGCUGGUUUCCGCGAAUGGCGUCGCCAAUGGGGCCAGUUUCUGCUGUGCGCCGUUACCGUUCUGAUCGGUGCCUUCAUCUGCGUCGCUGGUCUGUACGUCACGAUUCGCCAGCUCGUGGACGCCUAUGCAAACGGCCAAAUCCCUUCGCCUUUCUCGUGUAAAGCUUAG